AGCUUCACUUGAAUUUCCCCAAAGCUUUCCAGGCACAGAGAGGCACAAUGCCAGAGAACCUGAAUCUUCUUCGGGCUUUUGGGAGCUUUUGCUUUAUCUUCUGGACAGCUUUUAACACAGCCUUAGUGGAUGUGGUUGGAUCGGAGCAGCAGAUCCCCUUGUCAGUUGUAAAGCUCUGGGCCUCAGCAUUUGGUGGAGAGAUCAAAUCUAUUGCAGCCAAAUACUCAGGUUCCCAGCUCCUCCAGAAGAAAUACAAAGAAUAUGAGAAGGAUGUUGCAAUAGAAGAAAUUGAUGGCCUUCAGCUUGUGAAAAAGUUAGCAAAGAAUAUGGAAGAAAUGUUUCAUAAGAAGUCUGAAGCUGUACGGCGUCUUGUUGAAGCUGCAGAAGAUGCUUACCUGAAACAUGAAUUUGAUGCUGACUUACAGGUGCUUGGUGAUGAGAUUAAGUUAAGGGUCAUAUAUUCUUCCAGCCUAUAUGAAUACUUCAAUGCUGUGCUCAUCAAUGAACGAGAUGAAGAAGGAAAUUACCUGGAGCUGGGGAAGGAAUUCAUUCUGGUGCCAAACGACCACUUCAACAACUUACCUGUGAACAUCAGUCUGAGUGAUGUCCAAGUACCCACCAAUAUGUACAAUAAGGAUCCAGCCAUUGUAAAUGGAGUUUAUUGGUCAGAAUCUUUAAAUAAGGUGUUUGUUGAUAACUUUGAUCGUGACCCUUCUCUCAUCUGGCAGUACUUUGGAAGUGCAAAAGGAUUUUUCAGACAAUAUCCAGGAAUUAAAUGGGAACCCGAUGAGAAUGGAGUCAUUGCAUUUGACUGCAGAAACAGAAAGUGGUACAUCCAGGCAGCAACUUCUCCAAAAGAUGUGGUAAUUUUAGUGGAUGUCAGUGGCAGUAUGAAAGGGCUUCGCUUGACUAUUGCAAAACAGACAGUUUCAUCUAUUUUGGAUACCCUUGGAGAUGAUGACUUCUUCAAUAUAAUUGCUUAUAAUGAAGAGCUCCACUAUGUAGAGCCGUGUCUGAAUGGAACAUUAGUUCAAGCAGACAGAGCCAACAAAGAGCAUUUCAGGGAACACCUUGACAAACUUUUUGCAAAGGGAAUUGGAAUGCUGGACAUUGCUUUAAAUGAAGCUUUCAAUAUGCUCAAUGAAUUCAAUCACACAGGACAAGGAAGCAUUUGCAGCCAAGCCAUAAUGUUGAUCACUGAUGGAGCUGUGGACACAUAUGAUACAAUAUUUGCAAAAUACAAUUGGCCAGACAGAAAAGUCCGUAUUUUUACCUAUCUGAUUGGAAGAGAAGCUGCAUUUGCUGAUAACCUGAAGUGGAUGGCCUGUGCUAACAAAGGGUUUUUUACUCAGAUCUCUACCUUGGCUGAUGUGCAAGAGAAUGUUAUGGAAUAUCUCCAUGUCCUCAGCCGCCCAAAGGUUAUUGACCAGGAGCAUGAUGUGGUGUGGACUGAAGCAUAUAUUGACAGCACUCUCCCUCAGGCACAAAAGCUUGCUGAUGAUCAGGGGUUGGUGUUGAUGACAACUGUUGCCAUGCCAGUAUUUAGUAAGCAAAAUGAGACUAGGUCUAAAGGGAUUCUCCUGGGAGUAGUUGGCACAGAUGUUCCAGUUAAAGAGCUUUUAAAAACUAUUCCAAAAUACAAGUUAGGUAUUCAUGGAUAUGCUUUUGCAAUUACAAACAAUGGAUAUAUUUUGACUCACCCAGAACUUAGGCCUUUGUAUGAAGAGGGGAAGAAGCGAAGGAAGCCCAACUACAGUAGUGUGGAUCUCUCUGAGGUGGAGUGGGAAGACAGAGAUGAUGUGCUUCGAAAUGCAAUGGUGAACAGGAAAACAGGAAAAUUCUCCAUGGAAGUGAAGAAGACAGUGGACAAAGGGAAGCGGGUCCUGGUGAUGACAAAUGACUACUAUUAUACAGACAUCAAGGGUACUCCAUUCAGUUUAGGUGUGGCUCUCUCUAGAGGACAUGGAAAAUACUUCUUCAGAGGGAAUGUAACUGUAGAAGAAGGUUUGCAUGAUUUAGAACACCCUGAUGUAUCUUUAGCAGACGAGUGGUCCUACUGCAACACUGACUUACACCCUGAGCACCGGCAGAUGACUCAGCUAGAAGCAAUUAAACGCUACCUCACAGGAAAAGAGCCCCUGCUCCAAUGUGAUAAAGAAUUGAUCCAGGAAGUUUUGUUUGAUGCAGUUGUGAGUGCACCAAUAGAAGCUUAUUGGACCAGUCUAGCAUUGAAUAAAUCAGAGAACUCUGACAAGGGAGUGGAAGUUGCUUUCCUUGGCACAAGGACUGGACUCUCUCGUAUCAACCUGUUCGUGGGCCCAGAACAGCUCACCAACCAAGACUUCCUGACAGCUGAAGAUAAGGAGAACAUUUUUAACGCUGACCAUUUUCCACUCUGGUACAGAAGAGCUGCUGAACAAAUACCUGGGAGCUUUGUCUACUCAAUCCCAUUCAGCACAGAAACUGCCAACAAGAGCAACGUGGUGACAGCCAGUACUGCUAUUCAGCUUCUGGAUGACAGGAAAUCUCCAGUGGUUGCAGCUGUAGGUAUCCAGAUGAAACUUGAAUUUUUCCAGCGGAAAUUUUGGACUGCAAGCAGACAGUGUGCAUCUCUCGAUGGCAGAUGUGCUAUAAGUUGUGAUGAUGAAACAAUCAACUGUUACCUAAUAGAUAACAAUGGAUUUAUUUUAGUGUCUGAAGACUAUCAACAGACUGGUUACUUUUUUGGGGAGGUUGAAGGGGCUGUGAUGAACAAGUUACUAACAAUGGGCUCUUUUAAGAGAAUUACACUUUAUGACUACCAGGCCAUGUGUAGGACAAACAAAGAGAGUAGCGACAGUGCCCAUAGCUUACUGGACCCUUAUAAUGCCUUCUUUGCUGCAGUAAAGUGGAUUAUGACUGAACUUGUCUUGUUCCUGGUGGAAUUUAAUCUAUGCAGUUGGUGGCACUCUGAUCUAACAGCUAAAGCGCAGAGGUUGAAACAAACCCUAGAGCCCUGUGAUACUGAAUAUCCAGCCUUUGUUUCCGAGCGCACUAUAAAGGAGACCACGGGGAAUAUUGCUUGCGAUGACUGUUUCAAGUCUUUUGUUAUCCAGCAGAUCCCAAGUAGCAACCUCUUCAUGGUGGUGGUAGAUAAUGAAUGCUUCUGUGAUUCUAUCCCACCAAUCACCAUGGCACCUAUAGAAAUAAGAUAUAAUGAAUCCCUCAAAUGUGAACGGUUAAAAUCUCAGAAGAUAAGAAGACGUCCAGAGUCUUGUCACGGAUUUCACCCUGAAGAAAAUGCAAGAGAAUGUGGUGGUGUCUCAGGCCUUAGUGCUAAACCUUCUCUUGUUCUUCUUCUUCUGCUAUUGACGAUUUUCUCCAGGUGACAUUGACUGAUGUGUUCAACUGGCAUGCUAAAUCAUGGAUAAACUGUGAACUGGGAAAUGAUGCAACAUAGAGGACAUGAAAUAUAGUCAGAGCAUCAGCAUUUCAUGAUUUUAAACUGUUGGUGAUAUAAAUUCUUAAAGAUAUGUUGAAAAAAGAUUUAUCUUUUUACUUUGCAAGUCAUGCAGAUGUGAAUUUGGCAUAUGGCAGUCAUGAUUCAUCAAAAAAGGACUUGGUAGAUAGAGGUGACCAUUGCUUUGUCCCAUUGAAAACAACUUAAACUGUGUACUUUUUUCAAUAAAGUAUAUUAAAAUCAC